AUGUUCACUUGUAUACGACUUGUACGUUGCCGCUUCCUAAUUCUUCCUUCACCUCUUCUCACAUCCUUCAUCUCUUCUUCAAUGGCAAACACACUUGGACUUGUACGUUUUCCUUCCUUCACAAUCUCUUCUUCUUUCCCUUCUUCAAUGGAAACUUCUUCAUCCUCUGCCUUUUCUCAUUCCAAUCCAAGCGGUGGUAGAGGAAGAGGAAAAGGACUGGACACGAGGGAUAAUAAGGAAAGAUCAGGGGGCCGUGGCGGUGGUGGCAAAGAUAAAAUUGAUGCUCUUGGUAGACUCUUGACACGCAUUUUGCGGCACAUGGCCUCUGAGCUAAACUUGAAUAUGAGGAAUGAUGGGUAUGUGAAGGUGCAAGAUCUGUUAAAGUUAAACUUGAAAACAUUUGCGAACGUCCCAUUGAGGUCUCACACAAUUGAUGAUGUCAAAGAGGCAGUACGGAAGGAUAACAAGCAAAGAAUGGGCCUUUUGGAAGAAAAUGGAGAGCUUCUGAUCCGUGCCAACCAAGGCCAUACAGUAAAGAUAGUUGAAACUGAAAGCUUAUUGAAACCGAUCCUUUCAGCUGAUGAAGUUCCAGUGUGUGUACAUGGCACUUACAAGAAGAAUUUGGAAUCAAUUUUGGAGCAUGGGCUCAAACGCAUGAAAAGGUUACAUGUUCAUUUCUCAUGUGGCUUGCCAACAGAUGGCGAAGUAAUUAGUGGAAUGAGGCGAGAUGUUAAUGUCCUCAUCUUUCUUGAUGUGAGAAAAGCUUUGGAAGAUGGGAUGAAGCUUUAUAUCUCAGAAAACAGAGUUAUCUUGACCGAGGGUAUUGAUGGUGUGGUGCCAGUGAAGUACUUCCAGAAAGUGGAGUCAUGGCCAGAUAGAAAACCUUUGUCAUUAUAGAAUAGAAUGUCACUUUUCACUCUUUUCUUUCCCUUUUGCGCCAGUUUUUCUCUUACUCCCAUUUGCUACACUGAGCCCUCCAUUCCCAGGAGGAAAAAGCAAGCAGUUUAGUGCCCUUUGGUAUUCUCCAUCCUAUUUCCCUUUUAUCACCAUGUUAUUGUGAUUGGAUUCAUGAUCUAACGUAUAAUGUUGUGAAGUUGAGUAGUUAAGUUCUACACUACAAAAAUGAAGUCCAGCUCAUCUUGGGUAGAAAGGAAGUUUAUAUUUAUGGUGAAGGGUUCAGAAUACUGGCAGGUUGUUCAAAUGCUUGUAAACAUUGUGAUAGAAGAUAGAAGAAAAGAACCCUUUCAAUCAAGGCAAGAAUAACUGACAAAAGCAUCCCACGAGCUGGUUUAUCUGUUUUUAUUGACGGGAAAAGAGAAAGUGCUAAUAGAAUUCCUGAUUGAACUCCCGCAAUCUGUGAAUGUAUGAUUACUGUUUGGACAUUAUAUUAUUUCACUAUUUAAAAUACUCAAUUUUAAUAUUCGCAAA